AUGAUUUCCGAAGUCAUUUCACGCUACCGCCUUCCCAUGCACGUCUUGAAGGAGUAUCUUCAGGGGCAAUUUCCCACAACCACGAUUAAUGUCGAAGAGGGCGAAGAUGACGAGUAUGUUGUGAAACUACCACAAUAUCUGAGCCAGGAUCAACGAGCUGCUAUAAAGGGUCUCCAGACCGAAGAUAAAUAA